CCAAUAUGCGUCGCCGCCGGCGACGUCGCCCUCCAGAAUUAAAUGUUUGAGGUUAGCGCACUCGAACAAUUACAAUUAACUGUAGUGAGUUCAUCCGUAAAUUGUAAUCAACUACGUAAAAAUUAAAAGGUGGAAAAUGGAAGACGAACCGCUAACACUGGAAGAACUCCAAUCCUUCAAGGAACUCAUGGAGAAGGUGUCCUCAUCGUCGAACAAGGAGCAAGUUACAACGAUGUCCAUCGCGUCCAGUAAAUUUUCGUUUCCACCUCCAGGAAACGUCACCCUCUUCGAAAAUCAAUUUACCAACUUGGAGAACUUACGAAUCAACAACAACCAGUUGGAGAAGCUGGUCUGCGGCGCGUUUUACUCCCUGGAGAAUCUCAGGUACCUCGAGAUCGCAAACAACUCCAUCGAGGAGAUAGAGGAGGGAUCCUUCAGCGACCUUCGCUCGCUCUUCAGUCUGAACAUAUCCAACAAUGACAUACGCUCACUUCAAAAUGGCGCAUUUGACGGGCUCGAUCAGCUUGGCGUCCUCAUACUUAAGAAUAAUGGCAUCGGCACUGUGGAAAGGGAGGUCUUCCACCACCUGCGCUCGUUGUUCAACUUGGAGCUUUCGCACAACAAGAUCGCCGAACUCAGCGGGUUCCAUUUCAAGGACUUGGAGAAUUUGGGCCAUCUCAUCUUGAAAGACAACAAGAUGCAACAGCUUCCUGCCGAUAUUUUUAGUCCAUUGAGGAGAUUGAGGCACUUGGACGUGUCGCGCAAUAAGAUCAGCGUGCUACCGGCCAAUUUGCUCUAUGGAUUCACGAUGGACGUGGUGAACUUCUCGUUUAAUCAGCUUGUAGAUAUUAACGAGUCGGCGCUCAAAGGGCUACAAAUGGGAAGCGGCGUGUUGGAUUUGAGCCACAAUGACCUCGCGAUCCUCAGGCGUCAGACUCUACGCGUAUCUGCGCGAAAAGUGGUGUUAUCAUCCAACCAAAUCGAGUCCAUCGAACCUGGAGCGUUUGAGGGUUGUGACUGUGAAAAGCUGUACCUGAAUGAAAACGCAUUGACUGAAGUGAACUCUGACAGCAUGCAAGGGUUGGUAGUCCGCCAUCGACUGUGUUUAUCCGACAAUAGAAUAGAGAGGCUGCAGGCCGCUUUCAUCAGGUGUCCAAAGGUUCAAAGGCUGGACCUGGAUGGGAACAAUCUCCGAGACCUUGCGGCUGGCACUUUCGACGGCUUGAAAGAUCUAAUUCUGCUCUACCUGAACGGCAACGCACUGACACGUAUCGAAAAGGACACCCUCUCCGGACUACCAAACCUUGUAGGCCUAUACCUGCAGGACAACCAAAUCGAGGAGUUGCACGAACGCAGCCUUUCCGCCCUACCAAGUCUCAUCUCCCUAAUCUUACGUUCGAAUAAACUCGCGAAUUUACCCGUGGAGAUCUUCAACACGAAUCCAGAAUUGGGGGUGCUGGACUUGGCAAGCAACGAGUUCAUCGAACUUCCUCCUAAAGCGCUCUACGCCCCACUGGUGGAUUUUACCAAGGUAAACUUCUCCAAUAACAAAAUCAGCAAAAUACCUUCGGGCAGUUUCGCUAGCGAAACCGACAGCAGAGCGCUGGACGAGAUCCUCUUGAAUGCGAAUCAAAUUGAGGAAAUUGAGCCGGGUGCGUUCGAGGGGAUUAAAUGCGUGAAGCGCUUGGGUUUGGCGUCGAAUAGUUUCAAAACGAUAGAUGGUGAGGCCUUCAAGGGCCUAGGCUCGGUGUACAAAUUGGACCUGGACGAGAAUCCGCUCGAAUCCGUCGACUGUUUGGCGGAACUUCCGAAGACUGCCAUUGUCAGUUUGAGAGGUGGUCCUUUGGAGGGAGCGGAUCUGGCGGGCGAAGGGGCAGGUCUACGUCACAUUGACGCGAUCGCCUUCGAGAGCCACUCCUAUAGAAGAGAUGGUGACGUAUGGAAAUUAGUGGACUGUCGCAUUGAAGAAUUGGGCAGCUGAUUCGAAUCUAAGACCUUAGGCUAAGAUGCAAUGCUUUGUUUAUUAAUUGUACUGUGGUCAGUUACUGAGAGCUCUAGUCAUGUAGGUAGCCUAAUAAUUUGGUUUUGCCUGCUGAGGAAUGAAAU